AACUCAAACUUCCAUAGUUCCCUUCACUUCCGCAUGUACGGGUUGUGUUAGGCGCUUCUGCACGGGCGAACUUCCUUUCGCUCCGACAUCUUGACGAGGAAACAUGCCUCCCAAACCAGACAAGAAGAAGGACUCUGGAAAGUCCAAAAAGGACAAGGACCCAGUCAACAAAUCAGGAGGCAAAGCCAAGAAGAAGAAGUGGUCCAAGGGAAAAGUGAGGGAUAAGCUCAACAACCUGGUCCUCUUCGACAAGGCCACCUACGACAAGUUGUACAAAGAAGUUCCCAACUACAAGCUCAUCACACCCGCAGUCGUGUCUGAGAGGCUGAAGAUCCGUGGCUCCCUGGCCAGGAACGCUCUCCAGGAACUGCUCGCCAAAGGCAUGAUCAAACUGGUGUCCAAACACAGAGCUCAGCUCAUCUACACACGUAACACCAAGGGAGGAGACGAGGAGGCCGCAGCAGAGAAGGCAUGAUCAGGUUCCUCAAUUGGUGUCCUGUGAUGAGCUGUUUGUAAUGAAAGGUGAAUAAAAAAUU